GAAGAAGAAGGAAGAAGAAGAAGAAGAACACUCGUGAGGAAGUAGAGAAGCUUCUAGCGAUAGUCUGACUGUAUUAGUGAACCUAGACAAAGUAUGGAAAGCCCCGAGUUAAGUUUUACUCUGGCCUACAUAGUGUUCUCUUUCUGCUUCGUGUUUACGCCCAACGAGUUUCGUUCGGCCGGUUUAACCAUCCAGAAUCUGUUUUCCUUCUGGCUGGGGAGUGAGGACGUGGGCUUCACCCAAUAUCAUAUCAGGAGGACCAGUAUUACUGUAAUGCUCCACUCUGCACUGCCUUUAGGCUACUAUACAGGAAUGAGUAUUGCAGCCCCAGAAAAAAAACCGGGAUACAUUUAUCAGGUGAGUGACAGCUGGAGAGCAUUUCUCCUCCUCUCUCUGUGCCUCCAGCUGACCAGCUCAGCGUUUGUCAUCUACUGGUCCCACUGUCACUGGCACAACCAUCCAAUCAGCCAGGCCCUGCAGGCCCACGUACAGCCUCCUCACUCCUGCUGGGCCUCUGUGGCAACCAGCAUCAACAAUGAGUUCAGACGCAUAGAUAAGUUUGCUACAGGGCCUCCUGGAGCCAGAGUCAUUGUUACUGACAACUGGGUGUUAAAAGUGACCACCUAUCAUGUCUACAUGGCCUUACAGAGUGAAUGUCAUAUGACAGUGACAGAGUCUAGACAGCACCAGUUAAGUCCGGACUUGGCCUCACCUGCACAAAUCUUGACCCUGAGAGUGGACAGCAUCAACCCUUCUGUCAAACCCUUUUCUGUCAGGCUCAACUCUACAGAGUAUGCAGAACUCCGAGAGAAGCUUCAUGCUCCCGUCAGAAACUCAGCCCACAUUGUGAUCCACCAAACUAUUAGUGAACUUUUCCUGGAAACAUUUAAAGCUGAGGUGGAACUCAAUCAACCAUACACACUCUCACAGGAAAUGGAGCCCUGUAUUGGCUGUAUGCAAGUUCCAGCAUGCACCAAGUUGGUCAGACUCUGCCACACAGAAGGAGCUGAUAAUGAUUCAGAGUGCCAACAGUGUUUCUGCAGACCCAUGUGGUGUCUGUCCUGUCUGGGUCGAUGGUUUGUUAGCCGCCAAGAUCAGCAAAAACCUGAGACCUGGUUGUCCAGCAGAGCCCCUUGCCCUACCUGUAGGGCCAAAUUCUGCAUACUGGACAUCUGUGUGGUCCGCUGACAAGAACCAUCUACGCAUCCUUGUACCUUUUCCUCUAAAUAACGUGGAGGUUUUUCUUAAGCAACUCAGCAACAUAUCUCUGAGAGAUAUGUUCAAUAAAGAGUAAUAAUUUUUUUUUCUGUAAUGAUAUAACACUGAUAAAUAUUUGGUUUGAACCUCAACAUUGUGUUAAGUGACAUGAUUAAUAUGACAUUGCAGAAAAUGUGCUUAUUUGGUGUUUUACCCAGAAAAGUGAAAGUGAAAUUAUAGCUGCCGCACAGUAGUGAGUAGUGAAGUUUUCAGUCUGUAGCAACUCAGUGCUGAACUCUCAACUUUUGCCACAAAUGGUACAUCAUGAUCAUUUUGAGCUACCCAAAGAACUUCUUUAAAAAAAUAUUUUUUAAGGAUAAAAUUCUGAAAUUUGCUUUUAUGUUUGAAAGUACACUAUGCAGAAUUUUCCCAAAGAAAACAAUGUGUAAAGAAAAAUAAUGUUGCAAUGUCUCUACAGAGACCUUUUCUUAUUUUUAUAAUAUUUAGUUGUGUUUAGGAUAAUUAUUUGGGACAUUACAUUUCUGGGCAUCAGUGCCCUGGGAAUGACACCCAACAAUCAACCAUCUUUCUUUCAUACUGCACCUUUGAAUGGUGUGUUUACAAAUAUCAACAAAUUCUACAUAAUAUUCCUUUAAAUUUGUCAAUAGGGGUGAAAGUACAGGAUCAUUAUUCACUUCAGUCCAAAAUGAUCUUUUACAGUUUGAAUACAAGUCUGUAGCUUCGGUCUCCUUCCAUUGUGCUAAGACAUGCAAGUGAGGUAAACUGUUCACUCUAAUGUGUACUGGGAGUACUGGGAGAGGUUGCAAGUAAAGGUUUUAAAAGUUCUGCACAACUUCACAGGUGUUUUUAUUUAGAUUUGUGCUCCCAUUAUCAUUGAGCAGAGAUGUGCUGGGCUUUAUGUGAGAUCAUCAUACUCCACAUUCAAAUAAGAAUAAUAAAGUGUGUAAUUUGUCC